CUUAAUCCAACAGUGUUCAACACGAGAGGGAAUGAACAAAACCUUCCCAACUGUGCGUCAUUCACAAUCAUCCUCCCCUCACUUUCCUUCAAACCUUGCCAACAAACAGAUCCGCUGCCGCCGUACAACACCCUACGGCAUCUCCUCCUCCGCCGCACUUCAACCAAUUCCUCCUUCUCCUCGGCUCACCGCCGUCUCCCCUUUCAUGGCGGACACUCUUUCCAGUGAUGAUGUUGAGCUAAAUUAUCUUGAUCGGAAUGUUACCGAGAUUGUCGUUGUGCGUCACGGCGAAACCGAGUGGAAUGCCGAGAGAAGAAUACAGGGACAUUUAGACAUUGACCUGAAUGAUGUUGGAAGACAACAAGCAGUUGCAGUGGCUGAAAGAUUAGCAGGAGAGUCCAAAAUCUCCGCUAUAUACUCUUCUGACCUAAAACGAGCUCUUGAAACUGCAGAGACGAUAGCAAGCAGAUGUGGGAUGCUUCAGGUAACUCAAGAUCCAAACUUACGAGAGAGACAUCUAGGUGCUCUUCAAGGUCUUGUGUAUAGUGACGCACCAAAAAUCAAAACCAAGGCAUAUGAAGCUCUUCAGUCUCAUGGGAUGGAUGUUGAAAUUCCAGGCGGUGGUGAAAGUCUGAAUCAACUCUAUGAACGCUGCACAACUGCAUUGCAAACGAUUGCCAGUAAACAUCGAGGGGAGAGGGUGGUCGUGGUGACUCAUGGCGGUGUGAUCAGAGCACUUCACCAGCGGGCAUCAACUGGAAAGGGGCACAGGGCAGGAAGGAUAUUGAAUGUGUCAGUCAAUGUAUUACACUUGUUAGAUAAUGAUAAAUGGCUCAUCAAAUCAUGGGGAGAUGUCAGCCAUCUUAAUGGUGCCGGGUACUUAGAUUCAGGUUUCGGUGGCGACAGAACUUCUGGUUAGUUUCUUUCAUACAUGUCAAUUUCUUGUCUGGCUGUAAUGCUGUAUACACACACACUCACCAACAAGCUUAUAAAUUUGUAUGUGUUGACUUGCGGCUUUAAUGUUUGAAUUAUUUAGCCGAUUUAAUGUUUGCAUUGUUA